CUGCAGUCUCUGGUCAUCUCCUGUACUGUGUCCGCAGUCUCUGGUCAUCUCCUGUACUGUGUCUGCAGUCUCGGGUCGUCUCCUGUACUGUGUCCGCAGUCUCUGGUCAUCUCCUGUACUGUCCGCAGUCUCUGGUCAUCUCCUGUACUGUGUCCGCAGUCUCUGGUCAUCUCCUGUACUGUGUCUGUAAGACCAUUGGUUCAGAAUAUUUUUUUCUUAUUUUUCACCUCUAAAACCUAGGUGCUUCUUAUGGAGCGCAAAAUACGGUAUAUUAAUUUUUAAAAACUGUGCAUUUCGGUUUUCGGCCAAGUGAAUUUUGAAUUUUC